UAGGGGGAUUUCCACCCAGCCCGAGCUAAAGUCGCACAAAGUGAAACGAAUUAGGCAGAAAACGUGAGAUAUUUUUUAUGACGCGAGCCGAAGCAGCAGCAGCGGCAGCGGCAGCGAACGAGCCUCGACACGACGACGCCGCUUAGAAACAAGCCCCUCCGGACGGACAAGCGCCCGGAAAUGAGCCCAUAGCGCGGGCACGGCGCCGACAGACGGAGACCGGGAGACGUUGCCGAGGAGCGGCGGCAAAGUGGCCCUUUUCUUCCUCUGCUGCUGUUACUUGCCAUGAAAAUCAUGAACGGGUCUGUUCACAGCGGCGCAGGCGAUCUCGACCUCGACCUUAUCGGUGAGUUUCUUGUGGAGAAAGGACUCCCGGGACCUCCUCCUCCUCCUGUCGACUUGGACGUCCAGGUCUGUGCCUCAGAGGCUGGGGGCAGACACAGUACUCCAGUGCUUCUUUCUAGAUGCACUGACCCCCCCAAGCGUAAUAAUCUAUUCCCUCAAGUCCACACUACUGGACCCAGAAACAUGUCAGCGCUGGCUUCGCCCCGUGGCUCCAAAACUCCAGGACAGCGGCGUGGAACAGCUCCGGCAGGCCAGUGUGGGCGCUCUCAGCGGACCGGCAUGGAGCCGCUGGAGAGCCUGCUGGACAAACCUCAGCUAGUGGUGGUAGAGCAGCCCAAAGAGCGCGGCAUGAGGUUCCGUUACGAGUGUGAGGGCCGCUCGGCCGGCAGCAUCCUGGGAGCCUCCAGCACCGAUGUUAAUAAGACGCUACCUGCCAUUGAGCUCCAAGGACCAAUCGAAGGGAUUAAAAAUGUCACUGUGACCGUGUCUCUGGUGACUAAGGACAUCCCUUACCGCCCACACCCGCACUGCUUGGUUGGAAAAGACUGCGCGGACGGUAUCUGUAUCAUCUGCAUCAACCCCCAUACGACUCGACACCACAGUUUUGUCAAUUUAGGCAUCCAGUGUGUUCGGAGGAAGGAACUGGAUGUCUCACUGAUGAAGAGGAAGAAUAAAAAUAUUGAUCCGUUCAACACCGGGCAGUCAAAAAGCAUUGAAGAUAUUGACAUGAACGUGGUGAGGCUAUGUUUCCAGUGUGAGCUGGACAGAGAGGAUGGGGACAGGAUCCAUCUCAGUCCUGUGGUGUCUAACCCCAUCUACGACAAGAAAGCUACUACGACAGCAGAGCUGAAAAUUAACAGACUGAAUGUUGUCAGGGGUCCCUGUAUAGGAAAAACUGAGAUCUACAUGCUGUGCGACAAAGUGCAAAAAGACGAUAUUGAGAUCAUCUUCAGUUUGGACGACUGGGAGGCCAAGGCGGAAUUUGCGCAGACUGACGUUCAUCGGCAGAUCGCUAUUGUCUUCAAGUCGCCGCCGUAUCAGGAGCAGGACAUUAGUGAGGAAGUGGAUGUCAGUGUGUGUCUGCGCCGCAUUUCAGACCGCAUGUACAGCGACCCAGUCAAGUUCACCUACGUUCCUCGCAACACAGAUCCAUAUGAAGUAAACCGCAAGAGGAAAAUAAAAUCAGACAUCAAGUUCAGUGAGGACUGUCGUGUCCUCCCAGGCACGAUGGUGAACAAACCGGCUUCAUCUCACCAGUUUGAUCCAUUCUGUUUUCCCACCUUGGACUGUGGCAUUCCGUUGGCAACUCCUGCCCAGGAAGAGAGCCAGCCUUUAGUGGCUCCGAUACUAGAGGACAACUCUUAUGUAGAAGAUGAUCUCAAACAAGAGGAUGGCUGUGUGAGUUUGGAUCUGGACACCAUGAGCAACAUCUUCCUUAGCAUUAGUGAGUGCCUUGGUCAUCAAAAUGUUCUCCAGCUUUUAAAUAACCAGGAUCCCAACUCCAACUUCAUGUUUGAUGGUACAGAUCCAAACUUCAGCUCAACCAGCCAGCCUCCAAUGAACAUGACCUCCUACUACGACGCGCAUUUCAACCAGAUGGUAAGCGCGGGCCAGAGCCACAGCUUAGAUCCCGACUCCCUGCCGCAAGACUUGCUGGGCAUUUCCUUAAGUCAAGUAAAGACUGAAAGCGAAGAAAACUCUUAAACGUCCUCUGUCGUUGCUUAGAAGAAGAGGCAACCUUCAUUUUUCUAUUGUGGACCCUACGACACUGUGUUCCUAUAUAUUUUGAUCCAUGCCAGAUACCAUACGCUGUCCUGUGAAGGGCUCUCAAAAUGAACAUGGACCAGGAAGGGGCAGAUCUGUAUGGCCAAACUGAGACAACAAGUGAUGGCUGUGUGUUUUCAUGGAGAAUGUGUCCCCUCAGGGCCAGGCCAAGGCCUUUCUCCAGUUAUUUUGGAGUGUGAGAGGAAACAGUGGAUUCUGAGCUUGGUACCCAUCAGAAAAAAGGCAGGAUUCCCGCUGUGGUGAUGUAGAACGUGCUUGCUGCAGAUUAUAUGGGAGAAGCAUGUAGCCAUUUGGUAAUCAUGCACUAAAGAAAGGGAAAAUGACAGUUGCUGCUCAAAAUAAACUAGGAGAUUCAUUGGCUAAUUGUAAAGGCUUCAUCACAUUCUCAGUAACCAGUCUGUCAGAAUUUAGUUCAUUCAUCUACUUAACCUGGUCGACAGUUGUAAAUAUUCUCCAUCACAUACAUACAUCUAUUUCGAAUCUGUUUCAUGUUAACAUUUCUGUUGGAACCGCUUUUUAUUAAAAAAAUGUCAAGUAGUAGCAUUAAAUAUGCAUUUUAAAGCAUGUAGAGCUUACUUAUGUACUUGACUACAUGAAGUAAACUUCGAGCAGCAGAGGUGGGUAGAGCAGUCUAUCCUCACACUGAAGUAAAAGUACCUUGUGAGAAAACAAGUAGAAGAAUAGGUUAAAAACUAAAGUGUUCAGUAAUUUAAUUUGCAGAGCUCCAGGCUUUUACCGUUCCUAUCUGAUGCAUAAAAUAAAAUGAUACAACUCCAUCGAGGGAGUUGUGAGCAGUCUCCGAUUUAACUUAACAAAAUUAAACCGCAAAAAAAGAUUAGUAACUAGAUGUUAAGGAUUAAAAUGUAACUGAGUAGAAGGUAGAUUCCUUUCUUCCUGUGCGUACUUGAGUGGUAGUGAAAGUAUAGUAUUAUCAAUUUAAAAAUACUCAGGAAAGUACAAAUCCAUCAUAAGUUUACUUGAGUAUAAGUAACCGAGUAAAUGUAACUAGUUACUACCCACCUCUGUCUCGUGAUUCGAGCCCUGGCAUCUAUCUAAUGUGUACAUUUUGAAAUGGAGACGUGGCAGAUUAAACCGUGAAGACCUUCAUUGCUUUACUUAAGUAUGUCAAUAUGCUUGUCGAAUAUGCUUUUGUAAACGAGUGAGAUGAACGCUUUCUCCUGCAUUGGAUAAAUGUAAACAUCUGCUUCUGUGUGCGUCUUAUUAAAAGCUUGGUUUGAAACCUUU